AUGAUGUCCGAGAAAUACCAGCAGUUGAUGAAGCUCAUCGUCGUUGGCGAUAGUGGCACAGGGAAAUCUUCUUUACUGCAUAGGUUUGUGGAGGAUACUUUUUCGGAAGACCAGGCGCAGACUAUUGGUGUCGAGUUUGGUUCUAAAAUUGUUCAGCUUGCGGGACGCAAAGUCAAAUUGCAAAUAUGGGAUACUGCUGGGCAGGAAAGAUACAAGUCGGUUACUCGGAGUUACUAUAGGGGCGCUGUAGGAUGCCUUAUUGUGUACGAUAUUUCACAACGCUCAUCAUAUGAGAGCGUGCCUCAGUGGCUAAAUGAUGUUAGGCAACUAGCUGGAAGGGAAGUUGUAGUGAUGCUAAUAGGCAAUAAAAGUGAUCUUUCUGAGAAUCGUGUAGUUCAACACAACGAGGCCUCUUUAUAUGCUCUGGAAAACGGCCUUCUUCACUUUGAGACUUCUGCUGCCUCUGGAGAAUUUGUGAGCGAGGCUUUUUUGAAAGUGGCAAAAACUGCUUUGAACAUAAGUGCCAGUGACGUUGAGGUGACUGAAAAUAGCACAGUGGAACUGUCUUCAGAGCUAAAUCAAAGAGGGCGUUAUUCAUGUUCUUGCUGA